GCAGCUGUGGGCCGCGGCGCCGGGUCGAUACCUGCGUUUCUUGCAUGUAUCGGUCGCCACGGCGGCGACGGGGCAGUUCUGCGUUUCUCGGAAGCUCUGCGUUUCUCUCGGUCGAUGACGUUGCUGAGCGAUGAUCCAGCCGGCGGGCGUGCGGCCUUCGGCAUCGACGUGCCGAGCGGCGAUGGUCACUUCUCCAGCGGCCAGAACCAGAUCGUCAGUUCCGACGGGGUAAUGUCAGUUUCAGUUUCAGUUUCAAUUUCAAUUUGCGAUGCAUUGGGCCGCCGUGAACUCACUGAUAUCUUUCUUGUCGGCUCUUUCUUUGCAGCUGCCGCCGGCACCGUCGCUGCCUGUAUUAAGCGCGUUUUCGAACAGCAUUCAGAUGUGUGUUGUUUGCAAUUAUCACAUGGAUACGUUUUGGGACUGGUUGCCCAUGUGCAAGUUUUGCUACCAAACGGCUUGCUCCUACAGGGAUCGGUACAGGGCUCGCAUCACCGGCAACGCCAGUGCGCUUCAGGGUCAGGCUCGGGCUCAGCUUCAGGCUCUGGCUCGGGCUCAGCAGGCUCAGGCUCGGGAUCAGGUUUGGGCUCAGGCUCGGGCUCAGCAGGCUCAGCUUCAGGCUCAGCUUGCUUCGGGCCAGCCUUCUUCUUCAGGCUCAGCUUCUUCACAGCCUGCCGCUGCCAAUGCCAGGCUUUGCGGCCACUUGCACGGCAGCGACCAGGUGUGCCCGCGUUGCAACCGCGGCGGUUAGUUCAUAGCCCUCAGGGUUUUGGUAGUUCGUAUCCAGGCCAAUGACAAUCCAAUCCAAUGUCAGCGGGAAUGUUUUCUUGUUGCUCUGCUUUGACAAAGCUUGAGUAGAUCAAUGAAACUAGCAUGAUGAUUCAUGUGAUGCGACCAAAUGUGGCAACUGAUACAUAUAUACGUACUUGAGUAGAUCAAUGAAACUAUAUAUAUGCUUGUGCUUG